AUGAUGACAAGAUUGCAAGAAAAGGAGAAAGAGAAAAAGACAGGACAAGGUGUAGAAAUAAGACAAAUGAUACCAAGAAGAGCUUCGGUGGAACUAAAAAAUACAGAUCCUAAUUGGAAGAUUCUGGAGGCGAUUCAAAAAAUAGAGACAAACAUAAGACAAGAAAUUAAAGACUCCAGAGAUGAAUUAAGGGCUGACUUUAAGAAGGAUAUGGAGGAACUGAAAAAUACAAUGACAGAACUAUCGGAGGACAUGAAAGGAAUUAAGAAGAAAGUGACUAAGCUGGAAAUGAAAACAGAGGAAGGCUUGAAAGAAAGAUACAAUGAGAACUUAUAUGAUAAAGUAAUCCCAGUGUUAGCAAACCUGAUAGAAUGCCAACCAGAGUUGCUAGAUCUUGAUGUAGAUAAGAUUUUUAGAAUAAACUCAGCUGCAGCAAAGAACAGAAAUCUUCCACGGGACAUCGUGGUUUAUUUUACACGGGAGAGAGUUAAAGAUAGAAUAAUACAGGAAAGUUACAAAAAGAAAAUCACUGUGGAUGGGAACGAACUUCAAAUUUUCAAGGACAUUCCCGGCGACAUUUUGAGGAGGAGAAGAGAUUACUUCAAUUUAACAAGAGUACUACAAAUAAAGAACAUAAGAUAUAAGUGGGAACCACUUGAAGGAAUUUCCUUCAUGUGGAGACAGAGACACUACAAAAUAGAUACAGUGGAAAAGGCGAAAAUAUUCUAUAAUAGAUGGUUCAAAGAAGAGGAAAAGUUGGAUAAAGAUCUAGAAGUGGAAAGAAGAAGAGAAGAACGGGAGCAGAGUCAAAUGCAAAAGGAGAAAGAAGAGGAAGAAAAGAAAAAGAAGGAAGACAAGGAAGAAGCUGAGAAAGAAGAAGUAGAAGGAGAAGAUUUGCUAGCAGGAGCAACAGGGGGAGCGGAUUUGGAAUGGGAAGAAGAAUUAAGGAUUUCAGGAGAAAGUACAGAAACUACAAUUGAAGAAAGGAAGGAGUGGAAGGAAGUGAAGGAGUAA